UUUUUUUGUAAUUCAACAGUGAAAUGUAAUUUUGCAUUUUUAACUGCACUUCGCGACACGACGAUUUGAAAUUGCACGUUAAAUCUGUCCCUAUUGUAAAUAUCGGUUUAAUGUAUAUAUCAAAAUUAUUAUUUUUUAAACAAUUUCAAGCAAAACUUAUUCAAAUUCGAUUUAUGCACACUGUUCAGCACAAUAUGAGUCGUGGUGUAUUUUUUAUAAAAUUAAAGGAUAACGAUAGAGCAGUAUUGACUUAUAAAUCGGCUGAUCGGGUUUUGGACAUGCGUUCGAUUAUUGUACCACAGGAGCAUAAAGGCCAAGGUUUAGCAAGAUUGUUGGCAGAGACGGCUUUCACAUACGCAAUCAUUAAUAAUUAUUAUAUGUACCUGACAUGCGUAUAUCUGCAAAAAUAUUAUCUCGCAACAAAGACGAUUGAGCUCGAAGAACGUGUUGUGGGUCCAAAGCACAUUUUGGAAGGACCAAGCUCAAAAGCACUGGAUCCGGAUAUAAUAUACGAGUUACCCGAUCCGGAGGAGUUUGAUGUGUUUCCAGAAAAUCAUAAGAAAUAAGAAAUUAAUAAUACAACAGGAAAAAAAAUCAUGGA